AAUUUUUGUCAGUUGAGGAGAACUGGUUGUGUCUCGUCCAUUCAACAUGAUGAAGUCAAGUCUCGCGAUUUUAGCUGCAGUUCUUGCCGCAAUGGUAAUCUCCACAAAUGCAAGGAGACUGAUCAUUAGACGAAAAGUCUGCUUCAACGCCAAUUGGUGGAAAUCGUUUGACAAAAAAGGAUGGUCAACAUGCGGCAGAACCAAUUAUUAUAUUACUGGGUUUUAUCGAAAUAAGCGAUCCUUUUUCAGAAGAGAUGGCAUUUACAAACUUGAAGAAGCAAGAUGCUGCCAACCGAGGUUACUAUACGGAGGAAGGAGGACUGUUUGUGUAAACGCAAAUUGGUGGAAAUCUUUCGACAGAAAAUACUCUUGGAAUGUUUGUCCAACGGGAUAUUAUCUAAAUGGUCUCUAUCGCUCAAAUGGGAAGUCAUUGCACCACAUCGAGCAAGGAAAAUGCUGCAAACCAGUCGCUUAUCCAAACAAAUAUGGUCACUGUUACUACAAAUCCGUCAAAUAUGCCUUUAAUAAAAAAGGAUGGACAACGUGUAAUAGAGUUGGCUACUACAUAACUGGCUUAAAAAGAGGUAGAGGGCGAUGGCUUCACAACAUUGACUACUUCAAAUGCUGCAGAUUGCUUAAACCCAUCCAUGCUUGUGCCAAAAAACCAUGCAAGAAUCGGGGUGUUUGUUUAAGUAUUGGAUAUUCUUAUCGAUGUAGAUGUAGAUAUCCCUAUUAUGGAAGAAAUUGCCAGUUCAUCAAUGCUUGUGCCAGAAGACCAUGCAAGAAUAAGGGUGUUUGUUUAAAGAUUGGAUCUUCCUAUCGAUGUAGAUGUAAAUAUCCCUAUUAUGGAAGGAAUUGCCAGUACCUCAAUGCUUGUGCCAGAAAACCAUGCAAGAAUAAGGGUGUUUGUUUAAGGAUUGGAUAUUCUUAUCGAUGUACAUGUAAAUAUCCCUAUUAUGGAAGGAAUUGCCAGUACCUUAAUGCUUGUGCCAGAAGACCAUGCAAGAAUAAGGGUGUUUGUUCAAGGAUUGGAUCUUCUUAUCGAUGUUCAUGUAAAUAUCCCUAUUAUGGAAGGAAUUGCCAAUACAUCAAUGCUUGUGCCAGAAGACCAUGCAAGAAUAAGGGUGUUUGUUCAAGGAUUGGAUCUUCUUAUCGAUGUAGAUGUAAAUAUCCCUAUUAUGGAAGGAAUUGCUUGUCCAUCCAUGCUUGUGCCAGAAAGCCAUGCAAGAAUAAGGGUGUUUGUUUAAGGAUUGGAUCUUCCUAUCGAUGUAGAUGUAAAUAUCCCUAUUAUGGAAGGAAUUGCCAGUACAUCCAUGCCUGUGCUAGAAAACCGUGCAAGAAUAAGGGUGUUUGUAUAAGGAUUGGAUUAUCUUAUCGCUGUAAAUGCAAAUAUCCAUACUAUGGAAGGAAUUGUCAAUUUAAGAAUGCCUGUGUUAAACGACCAUGCAAGAAUAAGGGUGUUUGUAUAAGGAUUCGAUCUUCCUAUCGAUGUAGAUGUAAAUAUUCAUAUUAUGGAAGGAAUUGCCAGUUUAAGAAUGCCUGUGUUAAACGACCAUGCAAGAAUAAGGGUGUUUGUAUACGGAUUGGAUCUUCCUAUCGAUGUAAAUGUAGAUAUCCCUAUUAUGGAAGGAAUUGUUUGUACAUCAAUGCUUGUGUUAAAAGACCAUGCAAGAAUAAAGGUGUUUGUUUAAGGAUUGGAUCUUCCUAUCGAUGUAGAUGUAAAUAUCCUUAUUAUGGAAGGAAUUGUCAGUCCGUCAAUGCUUGUUAUAAAAGGCCAUGCAGGAAUAAAGGUGUUUGCCAGUUGCUUGGAUCAUCAUAUCGCUGUAAAUGUAAAUAUCCAUAUUAUGGAAGGAAUUGUCAAUACAUCAACGCUUGUGCCAGAAAACCAUGCAAGAAUCGGGGUGUUUGUAUAAGGAUUGGAUCUUCUUAUCGAUGUAGAUGUAAAUAUCCCUAUUAUGGAAGAAAUUGCCAGUUCAUCAAUGCUUGUGCCAGAAGACCAUGCAAGAAUAAGGGUGUUUGUUUAAAGAUUGGAUCUUCUUAUCGAUGUUCAUGUAAAUAUCCCUAUUAUGGAAGGAAUUGCCAGUUCAUCCAUGCUUGUGCCAGAAAACCAUGCAAGAAUAAGGGUGUUUGUUUAAGGAUUGGAUUUUCUUAUCGAUGUAGAUGUAGAUAUCCCUAUUAUGGAAGAAAUUGCCAGUACCUCAAUGCUUGUGCCAGAAGGCCAUGCAAGAAUAAGGGUGUUUGUUCAAGGAUUGGAUCUUCUUAUCGAUGUUCAUGUAAAUAUCCCUAUUAUGGAAGGAAUUGUCAAUACCUCAAUGCUUGUGCAAGAAGACCAUGCAAGAAUAAGGGUGUUUGUUUAAGGAUUGGAUCUUCUUAUCGAUGUAGAUGUAGAAAUCCUUAUUAUGGAAGGAAUUGCUUGUUAAGAAGACAUAUUUGUUUGAAGAAACCUUGUAAGUAUGGUGGUCGUUGUGUCAGAAUUGGACGUUCUUAUCAAUGUCGGUGCAGAUAUGGUUACUUUGGAAAGAAUUGUCAGUUAAGAAGACAUAUUUGUUUGAAGAAACCUUGUAAGUAUGGUGGUCGUUGUGUCAGAAUUGGACGUUCUUAUCAAUGUCGGUGCAGAUAUGGUUACUUUGGAAAGAAUUGUCAGUUAAGAAGACAUAUUUGUUUGAAGAAACCUUGUAAGUAUGGUGGUCGUUGUGUCAGAAUUGGACGUUCUUAUCAAUGUCGGUGCAGAUAUGGUUACUUUGGAAAGAAUUGUCAGUAUUACAAUGCUUGCAAUAGACGACCUUGUAAGAAUAAUGGUCUUUGUAUCCGUCUUGGUUUUUCGUAUCGAUGUAAUUGUAAGCAUGGGUACUAUGGAAAAAAUUGCGAAAGCUCCAUUUAUGGCUAAGAAUAUACAUCAUCUGCCGUCUUAAUCAAAGAAAAUUUCGAACUUAGAAUUAGAUGAAACUAGUUUAAGUAACAGAUUACACCUAGAUUUCACUGUAGUGUUUUUUUUUUUGUAUUUCUUUCAAUAAAAC